UACAUUAAACUAAGUCUGAUGGAGGAAGAAACAUUCACCGUGGCGUCCACACCGGACUGCAUGACGGUACUCCAAGACGAACGCAACGAUCCCCUGUGGCGGGAGACGCAAGUUGGCUGCAAGGUUCUUCUGCUGCUGCAAGAGAUUCACAAGUUCAACAUUACCUAUAGCAAAGGUCCUUAUCACUACAACGAGAGGGGCUUUUACGAGUAUGUCGACGAAGUGGACAUCUAUGCCAAGCCUCGGUCCCUUUGGUCUCCAGUCAUGGUUAACUACACACCUAUUGCUCCUAUAAUGGAUUGGAAGUUCGGAUACAUCCUCCGUCACCCUUUCAACAUCCAGCACUUCUACAGCCUCGCAUUCUCAAAACCAGCGUGGCAUUUUAUAGUCGCCAUGAUUUUACUGGUUUCUGUGCUGUUUUAUAUCCUCAACCGCGCUGAACAGAAGCUGACGGGGGAAAACCUCAAGUGCUACUUUUGGAGUGAGCUGCUGAUUGCAUUUGGAAUAAUCUGUCAACAUUACAUUUCAAUCAACCCAAUGGAAUUAACGUCCCGUCGCAUCGCGUUCAUCAGCUUCUUCACGUUUUCCUACAUAUUAUAUUCUUACUAUACAUCUACCUUGCUCUCUGACUUAGUGUAUGACAGAGACAACGAGAUGGACUUGGAAACUUUAGCCGAGAGCGAUUAUGAACAUGCUGUGUUGGAUUCCGUAACUAGUGUAUUCAAGGUCCUUGUUGAGCAGCUUCGUAAUAAUAAUAAAAUGUUUCCUCAACGUCAAAGCUUUACCGAAAAUAAAUUGAUCAACCAUCGUGUAGUAAAUAUUAGUACGGGUCUCGCCGAGGUCAAGAUGAGCAAAACAGCUCUUUUAUCUGACUAUGUCUCCAUACAUUCCGGUGUGAUACAAUGGUUCUCCGAGUCUGAAGUAUGUGAUCUUAUUAAAGUUGAUAUAUUUUCCAACGUUCUCAAAUACCUUGUUACUUCCAAAAAAUUCAAAUACAUCGAUGAAUUCAAAAUCAGCACACUGCGGGCCUAUGAAGCCGGCGUGCUACAGCGUUUGCUCUCGCCGCACCCGAUCCAACAUUUCAGUCCAACUUGCGUUAGCUCGCACUUCCAAGCGGACAUCGGGCUCGUCAGAAAACCGUUCAUCUUACUGGCGUUAGGCUACGUGCUGUGCGGAUUCAUAUUGUUAGUUGAAAGAGUGUAUUAUAAUAGGUAUAAGGUUUGGCCGUAUGUGAACUAAAAUAAAUAAAAAAUAAAAAACAAAUUUUAAAUUUUUUCAUAUUUUUUUUGAGAUCUUUGAUCAGUUGAUAACGCUCAUGUGAUAUUUAUUGAUAUGAUGUCCAUAGGCUACAUUAACCAGCUGUAUAAAGCAGUAUGUAUAGACUUACAGUAUGGAUAAAAAUAAUGGGCGCUCGAGGGAAAAUGCCUUAAAACCUUAAGCUAGCUCAUUUUACUUAAAGGACACAUUAUUUUUAACCACACCAACUGGUAAAGGCCGUCUUGAUUGUUCAAAAUCUAAUGAGAAAGUUGCAUUUUAUCCACAUGUGGGGCAAACUAAUCAGAUGCAAAUUUUUAGUUUUUUCCUUAUGUUAGCUGGUAGAAUUGACUUUAAAAUUAUGAUUUUAAAUGAUACAUUUUGUAUUACGUUUGAUUUUUGGCGUUUGGAUUUGAUUUGGCUUGAUUUUUUAGGCAUUUCAAAAAUAGUGUGAAAUUUAGUUUUUAAGAUAUACAUAAUUACUGUGUGUAUGUACGUUAGUCUGUAAGGUAUAUAUGUAAGUAUAGGUCUUAGUUGCCAGAUAAUAAAUGAUUUAUGAUUUACUUUUAUUGUGUAAUUUUACAAGCAUUUAUUUCACUUGCAAUGUAACUAUGUAUGUUUGUGCGGGUCAAAUCUUGCAUGUUAAAUUUGACCCACUUUCCGAUUUUUGAUGAAGCUGAAAAUUGGCAUACAAUAUGUAAGUCAGGUCAGUUUAGUUUAUUUCGGAUAUUUCCAUAGCGUCAUGUCUUACGGGAUUUUAUUAUGGGGCAAAGCCGCUGACAUAAAUGUACCUAAUCUUUGUUUUGCAGAAACAUUCUAUACGUAAUAUAUACAACCUAGGAACACGAGUGUAUUUUAGAGAUACAUUUAAAGCAAUUAACAUUCUCACUGUUGCUGCCCAAUAUAUUUUAGAAAAAAUAUUGUAUGUAAGGAAAACUAUGGACAUGUUUAAAUUGAAUAGUGACAUACACAAUUUUAAUACUAGAAAAAGAAUAAACUAGCGAUUCCAGGUUUCCGCUUACAAAGAGUAAACAUGCCAUUUAUGGGGAACGGUGUGCGGUUUUAUAAUAAGUUACCAAGUAAUAUGUUGAAAUUGUCAAUAAAUAAAUUCAAGACUAUUGUGAAACGACAGCUUUUACAAAAAGAUUAUUAUACUGUUAGUGAAUUCAUAGAAAAUAAAAAUGCAUUAAAUUAAAUUAACUAUAAUUGUUUACUUAUGUUAAAAUAGAAUAUAUACCUAGCUGAAAGUUGACAUGUAAAAGAGCUAGCAUAAGCCUAUUUACAAAAUGAACAUUUUGAUUUUGAUUUUGAGGUGACAAUGCAAUAUUAUGGUACCAUCGAGCUCAUCUGAUGAUAGAGACAGGAGGCGGUCAUGGGAACUCAGUGAUAAAACAACGUAAUGUAAUUGUGUUUAGGUUUGUGAGAAUUGUGUCGACAAGUGUUAUUUGCAUGUUGAAAAAAAAAGUACAGACAGCGAUAAAAGUAUGUACCAAAAGUUAAAUUUUGAAAACAAAAACUUAAUUUGUUCUUAAUUUUUUUUUUGUACCGAAUGCAUCAUGACAAAGUAUAGUUUAUGUUAAAUAUUCAUUUUAUUGUACAGCACAACAAAAAUAGGGACACCUGAUAAGUAAGCGAGAGAAAAAAACAAAACUUAGAAGGCUCCACUUAAAUAAACUCACAACUGAACAUUUUGCAACAAGUUCAAACAUUUGAAGAGUUUAUUUCUAUUGUAAAUAUUCUUGGGAAACUCUACAGCGAUCGGGAAAGUACGGCAAAGUAUUUCUCAAUGUUUACCGAGGGACCGCGAAUCACGUUCAACGUGUUACCUUUCUGUCUCACUUGUGAAUUCGUGCACAUUGACAUAUAUCUAAGGACAGGCCUUACGGGCACUAAGAAUGGCGCUAGUUCAGUGGUGUCACGAAUUCGAGCCAAUCGUGCUGUCUAACACUAGUUGCGACCUAUCGCGCGCGUGAUGCGAACUCAUCAACCAAUCGCGUUGUGCCGUUAAGUUAAACUGCAUGAUUGGCUCGAAUUCGUGUGCGUGACACCGCUGUACGGACCCCAUUCUCAUUGCCCGUAAGGCCCGUCCUUAGAUAUACUCGUAUAUGUCAAUGUUCGUGCAUAAGGAGGCAACGCGUCGAAGGCAGUUCAUAGUAGGACCUCUGAAAUCAACAACAAAGAUUUAACUGACUUUAAAACGGAGUACGGCUUGAAGCUUGAAGACCUACCACGAAAUACGAAAAUCGAAAUCUCGUUAUUUGCCUCUCUAUCACUCUUGCAUGGAGCAGUAGAGAGGCAGCUAUCGAAAUUUCGAUUUACGUGUUUCGCGGUAGGCCAUCUGUUUUGUGUUGAGAGUGAUUCUUGAAGAACAUUAACGGGCCGAUUCGAAGUUUAAGAUAUGUCAAAUAUUUGCUAAAGAUACGAUAUGAAUUAGAUAUGUCAGUGUCAAAAGUGGCGUUACAUAUCAUAACUAGAUAUGCCCACUAUAUAGAUGGGACGUGCGGCAAAGCACUUCACUAUUCGUAAAAAUAAUGUUUUAAGAUCAAUCGCGGCAUAUCAUAUUUCGUCAACAAUAUUGUUUUUCUUCCUAUUUGUAUUUUAAUCUCACCUGCUGACUCUUUCCUUACAUGUUUACUUUAGUUUUGUAUUGAUUGUUUUUUUCUCAUAGUUGCCCUGGAAACCAGCGCCAUGGCUAAGGAUUAUGGAAGGUAGAGUUAAGGAACGCAAUCUCCAUAGGCAGAACUUAUGCAAAAGUGUCCAGCCGUCAGCUAUAAAUAAUAGUUCCAAAUCUCUCCAGAGUAGCGCUAGAGUAGCUAAGAACCUAGGCGUUAUUGACGGAGGGAAGUGCGCUGUCUAUGAUUUGAUUUCUUUUUCAAGUAUUCUAGAUAUUGUAGCGCCACCUA